UAUUGCAUACCGCCUGUGGUUCAGAGUUCUCCACCACGCGUGAAGUAAAUGUGGGGAAAGCCUUCUUUUCAAAGGGCAAACAUUUGUUGUGAAGAGCAUAAAUAAGAGCUUAUUUAUCAGUAUGGGUGGUCAGGCUAAGGGCAAGAAGAAUAGUAAAACCAAGAGGAAAGGCAACCGUCAAAACAGGGAUGGAGGAUUUGUUGAUUUGUCACCUCAGGAAAGGAUGAAAGUACGAAUGCAUGAGAAAGCCAAGAAGAAGACCGCUGAGAAGUACUCAGUGCAGCAACUCUUAGAGAAGACUCAGGAAUACAUGGACACUUUUGACUUUGAGAUGGCUGGCCUUUUCUGUCAGAGAGCUUUAGAUGUGGACUCCAACAAUCUCCAAGCUCUUGACAUGCUGGGACAUAUUUGCUCUGAAUUAGGAGACAUGCAGAAAGCUAAAUCAGUGUUUCUACGUGCAAUCGAUCUGAGCCCAGAUGUUGGUCAUAGUAAAUACAUGUAUCUGGGACAAAUUCACACUGGCCAGGAGGCUGUGAACUUCUACACAAGAGGAAUACAGGUCCUUCUGUCUGCGCUAGAGAAGCAAGAAACAAUGGCUCAGGCCGGAGCCACCGGAACAACGGAUGAGAACGAUGAAGUCCCUUCAGCAAAGGAUGUCAGCGUGGCCUACUGCUCCCUGGCUGAGAUCUACUUAACAGAUCUCUGCAUGGAGGAGGGAGCUGCAGACAAAUGCAGAGAGUUCAUUGAAAAAGCUUUACAGUAUCACCAUGACAACCCAGAGGCUCUCCAGCUUAUGGCCAGUUACCUGUUUAGUACAGGGAGAAACCAGGAAGGCAAUGGAUACCUGUUGAAAAGUGUUGGAAUGUGGCUACCUGCUCAGAAACAAAGUGCAGCUUCCUCCGCUACAGAUGAAGAAACGCAGAAUGAGAUCCCUCCGUACGAGUCUCGCAUCACCACAGCCAAACUGCUUAUUGAGUCAGAGGAGUAUGAGAUGGCUGUAGAUGUAUUGGAGGGUCUCCUGGAGGAAGAUGAUGAAGUUGUUCAGGUUUGGUAUCUGUCUGGCUGGGUGUGCUACCUCCAGUGGGAAAAAGCAAAACAACAGCAGGAAAGAGAAGGAAAAGAAGCAACAGUGGAGGGAAAGGAGGAGUGGAAGGCUCUGCAGGAUGCUGCUAGGUCAUACCUGACUAAUGCCAAAAAGCUGUACAUGAAGCUGCGAUGCGACGACCAGCCUAUGCUGGAGCAUGCUGAACAGCUGCUGGGCGAACUGGGAGGAGAGAUGGAGGCCGAAGACGAAGACCCAGACUUGGACGACGACUAUGAACCUUGUAGCGAUGAUGAAGAGGGUGGCAAAACCGAGGCCCCCAUGGAGCACUGACUGCACCCUGUCAUGUUUUCCUUUAGUUUUUGUGCCCUCUUCAAAAUCCCUUUUUUGUAUCGGCUUUUCAAAGAUUAAAUUGAUGUGCAGAAACAGAGAGGCAUUAAAAAUCCACUCGAUCUCUUUCAGUUAAGUUGUUUAAUGCUUUUGUCAAAAUAAAUGCAUACUUGAGUAAUACUUCUCCUAAUCUCCUCAACAGAUGCCGAUAAAAUUAGUUUUUAGAGGUUUAAUUCUUACCAGCAUCCCCUGAAUGCUUUUACCUCUGCUGCACACCCACACAGAGGUUUGUGCGAGCAGGAACGAACCACACAUGCACACAAAGAAAAACACAAAAGAAGCAUGUUAAUUACUUUAUUUUUCUCCCACAGCACAACAAGCAGAAUCAUUUUUCCCUUUAAGCAUUGUUAGAGCUGCCCAGUUAUUAACACGUCAUGCUAUUUUUACAUGUACUGUGAUUUUAUUGCCCAUUGUUUAUGUAAAUGCUUGAAUUGUUAUGGUAUUCGGUUUAUGCUUCAGUCUCAUUUUCCUUCUCUUUUUUGGUUGGAUUCAGUAAGUCAAUAGAUUGAAUUUGAUAUUAA